GCGCCAGGGAGCAGGACGGGCACCGGGGCCAUGGAGAGGACAGCGGGCAAAGAGUUGGCCCUGGCACCACUACAGGACUGGGGAGAGGAGACCGAGGAUGGCGCCGUGUACAGCGUCUCCCUGCGGCGGCAGCGCAGCCAGCGCUCAACCCCAGAGGGGUCUGGAGACGGCCAGACCCCCAUCCCGGCUAUGGAUACCUUCCUUCAGUACCGUACCAGCAAGGUGCGGGCGCUGAGGGCCGCCCGACUGGAGCGGCUGGUGCAUGAGUUGGUGUCCGGAGACCCCGAGCAGGAUCCUGGCUUUGUGCCUGCCUUCCUGGCCACCCACCGGGCCUUUGUGCCCACGGCCCGCGUUCUGGGCUUUCUGCUACCCCCGCCGCCGCCACCACCACCUGCUGGGGUAGACAGCAAGAGGACAGAAGGACAGGAUCUGAACUUCAGCAAGAACCUGAGGGCUGUAGUUUCGGUACUGGGAUCUUGGCUGCGAGAUCAUCCUCAGGACUUCCGGGAUCCCCCUGAUCAUCAGAACCUGGGUGAUGUCCGAAUCUUUCUGGGCUGGGCAGCCCCAGGAGGGGCAGAAGUCAGGGAAGCAGAGAAACUUCUAGAAUAUUUCUUGAAGGAGGCUAAGGAAGAGCAGACAGAGGGGGAGCAGCGACUGGCUUGGGCAGGCCCUUCCUGGGCUGCCCAGUCUCCCAGAUCAGAGUUUGCAGAGGAUUACUCGGAAGAGGAAGGCCUCAGGUCAGAAGGCCCAGAGCUCCUGGACUUCAGCGUGGAUGAAGUGGCGGAGCAGCUGACUCUUAUGGAUGUGGAGCUCUUUCUGCGGGUGCGGUCCUGCGAGUGCCUGGGUUCCAUGUGGUCUCAGCGCGACCGGCCGGGAGCUGCCGGCAUCUCUCCCACAGUGCGCGCCACCGUGGCCCAGUUCAAUGCGGUGACCGGCUGUGUGCUGGGCUCGGUGCUCGCUGCGCCCGGCCUGGCGGCCUCGCAGAGGGCACAACGCAUUGAAAAAUGGAUUCGCAUCGCCCAGCGGUGCCGGGAACUACGAAAUUUCUCUUCCCUACGAGCGAUCCUGUCCGCCCUGCAGUCUAACCCUAUCUACAGGCUCAAGCGCAGCUGGGGAGCUGUGAGCAGGGAACCGCUGUCUGUUUUCAGGAAACUGUCGCAGAUUUUUUCUGAUGAGGAUAACCAUCUCAGCAGCCGAGCGAUUCUUUCCCAGGAAGAGACCACUGAGGGACCCCAAGGUGAUGACUGCUCCCCAGGAAGUCUGCCGUCAAAACUGCCCCCAGGUCCUGUCCCCUACCUUGGCACCUUUCUCACAGACUUGGUUAUGCUGGAUACAGCCUUACCGGAUAUGUUGAAGGGAAAUCUCAUCAACUUUGAAAAGAGGAGGAAGGAGUGGGAGAUCCUGGCCCGAAUCCAGCAGCUACAGCAUCGAUGCCAGCACUACAGCCUGAGCCCCCGCCCGCCAAUCCUGGCUGCCCUUCGUGCCCAGCGCCAGCUCAGCGAGGAGCAGAGCUACCGAGUCUCCCGUGUUAUUGAGCCACCAGCUGCCUCCUGUCCCAGCUCCCCUCGUAUCCGGCGACGCAUCAGCCUGACAAAGCGUCUCAGUGCGAAGCUGUCCCGGGAGAAGAACCAGUCUCCUGGCGGGAGUCCGGGGGAUCCACCCUCACCUACCUCCAGUGUGUCUCCAGGGUCUCCCCCAGCCAGUCCUAGAAGCCAAGACCCUCCUCCUGGCAGUCCUCCCGCUUCACCAGGGCCUCAGAGCCCCAGCACCAAGCUGUCCCUGAGCAUGGAGCCACCAGGGCCCUGGCCCAUGACCUUGACCCCGAGCAGCUCUCGAACUCCCCUCCUUGGGCAGCAGACUUCAGAGGCCCGCGUCAUCCGCGUCAGCAUCAACAAUAACCAUGGGAAUCUCUAUCGGAGCAUCUUGCUUACUUGUCAGGAUAAAGCCCCCAGCGUGGUGCAAAGAGCCCUGGAGAAGCACAAUGUGCCCCAGCCCUGGGCCCGGGACUACCAGCUCCUCCAGGUCUUGCCUGGGGACAGAGCCGCCCUGCUGGCAUCCCGGGGCUCCGAAGAACUUCUAUGCUUCACCCAGCGCUUGGAAGACUUGGUGUGUUUCUGGGAGGAAGCGGCGAACUCCGGGAUGGGCUUCAACUACAGCUUCUCUUACCAGCUCGAAGGUGAAUCAAGAAAGUCAUGUCGCCUGCACCAGGCGCCCACCGUCCGCGGCUCCGUGCGUUUCUGGUGUUCACUGCCGACCGCGGACACGUCGAGUUUUGUGCCACUGGAGCUGCAGGUGACCGAGGCCUCCGGAUCUCCUCGCUACCACCGCAUCAUCCAUAUCAAUGAAGUAGUGCUCCUGGACGCCCCCGCGGGGCUGCUGGCGCGCCGAGCAGAAGAGGGCAGCCACGUGGUGCUGCGCUGGCUGCCACCUCCCGGGGCUCCUAUGACCACCCACAUCCGCUACGAGGUGGACGUGUCAGCAGGCAACCGGGCUGGGGGGACACAAAGGGUGGAGGUCCUGGAAGGCCGCACUGAGUGUGUCCUGAGCAACCUGCGGGGCGGGACGCGCUACACCUUCGCUGUUCGAGCACGCAUGGCCGAGCCGAGCUUCAGCGGAUUCUGGAGCGCCUGGUCUGAGCCCGCGUCCCUACUGACUGCUAGCGACCUGGACCCUCUCAUCUUGACGCUGUCUCUCAUUCUCGUCCUCAUCUCACUGUUGCUGACUGUGCUGGCCCUGCUGUCCCACCGCCGGGCUCUGCGGCAGAAGAUCUGGCCUGGCAUCCCAAGCCCAGAGAAUGAGUUUGAGGGUCUCUUCACCACCCACAAGGGUAACUUCCAGCUAUGGCUGUUGCAACGCGAUGACUGUCUGUGGUGGAGCCCAAGUAGCCCCUUCCCUGAGGAUCCACCUGCCCACCUAGAGGUCCUCUCAGAGCGACGCUGGGGAGUGACUCAGGCUGGGGAUGCAGGGGCAGAGGACAAGGGGCCCUUACUGGAGCCAGUGGGCAGUGAGCGGGCCCAGGACACCUACCUGGUAUUGGAUGAAUGGUUGCUACCCCGGUGCCCAUGCAGUGAGAACCUCUCUGGGCCUGGGGACAGUGUAGACCCUGCGACUAUGGAUGAAGGUUCAGAAACAUCUUCCUGUCCCUCUGACUUGGCUUCAAAGCCCAGGCCAGAGGGCACCUCGCCUUCCAGCUUUGAGUACACCAUCCUGGACCCCAGCUCUCAGCUCCUGUGCCCUCGGGCACUGCCUCCUGAGCUACCCCCAACUCCACCUCACCUGAAGUACCUGUACCUUGUGGUGUCCGAUUCCGGCAUCUCAACAGAUUACAGCUCAGGGGGCUCCCAGGGAGUCCACGGGGACUCAUCUGACGGCCCCUACUCCCACCCCUAUGAGAAUAGCCUUGUUCCAGACACAGAGCCUCUGCGUCCCAGCUACGUGGCCUGCUCCUAGGACUCCAGCCUACAGCCUGUAGUUCCUAAACCUACAACUUCUUGAAGAGGAUGGCUGAGGCCAUAUUUAAAGCCCUGGCCCUCUGCCCAGGAAGUGACAGCCUUGCAAUGUUAAGAUGGAUAGUUAUGUCUGUAUAUAGAAAUAUAUAUAUUGAUUUUUCUACUGUGA